CGCGACAAACAUUUCAUCAAAAGGGUCGACUCGGCCUGCGUCCCCAUCCUUCGAUACGUUCUACAUAUCGUGCCGCGUGCCGGGCUGGCCCUCGGCAUAGCAGCCUGGACUUCUCGUCCAAGGGCAAAACAUGACGGAUGCGACUUAUCCUAACGACAUCCAGUUUGCUGGACUAGUUCAAGCAGCGACUGCUGCGGCUGGGGAGCAGACCAGCAAUGCUUCGACACUAGGAAAAAGAAAGCGUGACGACACCUUCGCCGACGAUGACUCUGUGUUAGCUCCAGAUAUAUUGGGUGACGCACCUGAUCCUGCUGCAGAACCCUCUAUUUUCCCAAGCUCUGCCUCUGUCCUUUUUCGUGAACCCUCCACGAAGAGCAAAAAGUACAGCAGGCCGCCGCUAGGCAAGGUCUUCGCGUCCUUGGAGCUGGCUCCUGAACAUUUCCUCCGGCUGCAGAACGCCGCCAAAGCCUUUAUGCUCGAUGAAGCUCAUCCUGAGAGGAGGGACGUGGUUGGACAAAAGAAAAACAUUGGGGGAUCAGACGUAGCAAAACUGAACCUAUGGAACUGCGUUGACGAAUUCCUCUCCUUGCACGGUUAUGGUGAGAAAUAUUUCGGACUUGGAGCUGGAGGAGGGGUACCAGACGCGCCACCGCGGACGAUGUUCUGGCCCCAAGAUAGUCAGGCGAUCAUCAAGCUGAUGAUGCCCCUGAUGCGGAAGAUGGUCGCAAAUGAACGGCAGAGAGUCUAUGCAGCGACGACAAGAAAGCAACCCUCAAGCAAGGACACGCAGAGUGAGCAGUCACCUGCGGGGGUUGACGAAUCCAUUCCAUCUCAUGAUGAUCCCACUGAACCUACCUUCCCAGAUCAGGAGGCAGCCAAGUCUCCGUUGGCAGUGCAAAAGGACCAGAACACAUCGGCCAGAAACGAGUCUCGGCUGAGAACAUCAUUCAAGCAGUCUAUCGUUCUUUAUGUUAACAUCGUGUCGAAUACUGGCGGUGCCCUGAGACGCGUCAUACCUCGCUUCGAGUUAACACCCGAGUCGGCUCCAAAUUUGUCAGGUUUAGUUGCUGAGGUCAAUCGAAGGUACAAGGCUGCUACUGGCAAUACCAUACCGGGCAAGGAGGGUGGUCCACUUGUCAAGGUAUGGCUCACCGAUGGCCUCGUAACCGUUGUCGAAGAUGGGGAAUGGAUGGUCGCACUCUUGAGUGCCGGUGUUGUCGACUGGAUGGACGGCCAAGUCAGGGUCUUGGUCGAGGUGUGACUGGCUUGUCAUUCGAUUUCAUGUGAAUCGAAGGAUUCUUUUCCCGACCUGCUCGAAGCGAGCGUUGAGCCGUUGGAAGACUUUCGACGAAGAAAAUUGUGGGUUCCAGCUCAGUUUUGUAACGCCACUCCAUGCUUUGCAGGAAAGAUGCGUAUGUAAGGCAACUGAGAGCUCUCAGCCUCUGCUACGAUUACGACCCCGGAUCCGUGUGCAAGUCGAGCUGAUCGGUUUGGCAGUGGUUGAUCAGCCGUGGGAAAGUCCCCGACUGGCUAAUUAGUUAGCAUGACAGAAAACGGUUGCUGACUUGCAAGAUUGUCGCUCAACUCAAACCUGGCUCUAAAAUCCUUUUUCAUGCGGCAGAUAAAGCGUCUCACUUGAGAAGAGGAACCAUACUCGGCUCCCCAGCCAUGCCUUGCCGAGAAGCUACUACCUCAUACCUCGAUUCAUGCGGGAGAUUAGCCUGAGCUGAUCGUUUUGACAAAUGCCAACGCACGAAAAUGCCUCUCGGCGUCGAAAGCUAGCCUCAAUCACCUUAUCAUUUCCGCUCCGUAAAGAACACCGCCAGAAGCCACCCUUUUCUGAUGAUAGCGAUUGACGUGAAUUUCGAGAGCCACAUCCUCGUCAUUGAGACGAGGGAGAGCUCUACGUCAACUCCAAUGUACUAUGCACUACAUUAAGCAAAUCUGGUUCUUUGGGCGAUCAGGUGUCCGAUCGUCAAAAGUCAAGGAUACCUUGCUCGAUGUUGCAGGACUGGCGCCAUCAUACGCCUCCAAGUCCGGGACAGGCUCUUAUCCAAAAAGGACAAGAGAUGGAGGGUAGGGCAAGGGUAGCAAUUGGAUCACG